UUAUAACCAUUCAUAACUUAAUUUUCUUUUCAGAAAUUCAAUAAUCUUCAACUUUUCUUUCAGAAAUUUGGUCCUUUUUAGGACCACCCAAAACAAUUACGAAAGAGUUACUCUUGCCAUUCCAUGCAAAGCCAUAAUCCUAAAACCAUUCUUUUCAGAUAACCAAACAAUAUGGUCCUUUUCAGGACCACCAAAAUCAAUCACGAAAGAGUUAGUCUUCUUCAAUCUAAACCUAAUCGCUUCUUUUGACGAAGAACAUCUUCAUGGGGCUCUCUAUACAGGGUAACAACCCAAAAUUUCGCGAAGCGAAAUGAUACGCCGUGAUUCACCUUCCCCUCUCGGCAAAUUUCUCCUCUUUUUGGGGCACGCUGGUUGGUUGAACAAACGUUUCCCAAUCAGUCAAUCGAGAGACGUGAGAUUGAUGUAUCUAAAAUCACCCCUACUCCACCGCAUAAUUUUCGGAUCGUCGACGGGGCAAAAAGCGAAUAAGGAGGUAUAGGAGAAUGGGUGCAAAAAGGCGGGGCAUACGUCCCCGACUUAAAUCAACUAAAAGCGGCUCGGUCAGUCAACAUCGUACCGACGGAGCAACUUCUUCACUGGACUGGACGCAGCAAAGGAAGCGCCAAGCAGAAGGGAGAAAAGAAGCGACAAUGGAAGCCGGGCCAGUCGAAGCAAAUCAGAUGGAAAUUCAACACAGCUCUGUGCGCUGUUUAGAGGAAGCCUUUUUGAGGUCAAUUCCGUCGGUUACCGUUUGGUGGUUCUUGAGACGUUAUCGAUACUGGCCGUUUCUGACCCGCAGACGGCAAAUUAAGCGCAGUUGUGGUUGCAAGUAGAAGAAAGGCAGCAAAUUGAAAUAAACGGCCCUUUUCAGGGCCACCAAAUUCAUCACGAAAGAGUUAUCUUAUUCAUUUCAUAAAAUGCAAACGACAAUUGCACGCAUGUUUAAGUGAUUUACUAUUUUCUAUAUUUAUUUAUGGUACAGUGUGAGAGUUUUCUCACAAUUUAUGAUUCUUAGAAAAAACUGACCUUUCAAGGCCUACCUGAGACGCUCAUCAAUCAGAUCGAAAUUUGUUGUGAAGCAAAGAAAAUCUUUACAGAAAGUUUAGAAUGAAUGAUGACCAAUUUAUCAGAAAUACAUUGGCCGUAGGAACGGCAAAUCAAGAAAAGAGUCUUGCGCGCUUUUGAUUGAUUACCGCGAUGCAAAUUUUUUGUUGUGCCGCAAAGAAAAUUCAUCACAGAAAAUUGAGAAAAACUUCUUCGUAAUCAAUUCGAGCUUUUUCAGCAAAUAAAAAUCUUUAAACCUCACUGCCUUCUCGCCAGCCAAUUUGGAUUUGGAAACAUGCAGUCUGGGUUAAAAUUCGUGAUUUGAUAUAACAAUCCACUUUACGCCAAUGAUCAAAAUUGUAUAGAAUACUGUGUGUACGCAAGCAAAGUAGAUUGAGGUUAAAAUUUGUAAUUCGAGUGCGUGAAAUAGUUUAAGUAAGUUUUUCGCAAAAUAUCACUUGUAAAAUAGCUUGCUAGUUCCUUGAAAAGGGUCGUCAAUUUUGUAGACUCGGUUCAAAUUCAGGCCAACUCACUUCUGAGUUGGUUGGUUUGGUUGAGACUGAGACAAACUCUUUCGUGAUUGAUAUAUUGGCCCUGAAAAGGGCCGUUUAAUUUGGUCUGAUCUGGGCACCCUCUUCCGCCAAGGGUUUCAAUCCACUUAUGACGUCAUCCCGUCUUCCUGCGACUGUCCGGACCGAGAGCGGAAUUUGAAUUUCCUCCUGCUGCUAGCCUUCCACCAACCAAAGAACAGAUUUCCUAGGCUACUAGUUCUUUCCGCUGGUUGUCCUCUUCUUCUCCUUCUGCUGUGGCUUUUGCUGCUUCCUCCGCGAUGGCUGCUUCCUCCUCCGAUGUGGCCUUCUCGAGUGCUCGAUCCAAAAUGACUCGCGAGUGCGAGGUUUGGCUGCUUAUAUGUCGGCAGAAUAGGAGAACGGAACAAAAGGGGCGCGGUCUCAAACGCAUACGCGCCAAAAACGUUUAUGUGUUGGAGACCACUCCCCUUUUGCGCCGCUUGCCAUACCCAAAUCUAUUUAAGCACCAAAACCUCGCACACGCGAAUCAUUACGGCACGAGCACUCGAGAAGGCCACUUCAGGACGGCACGGAGGAAACCGCAGCAGCCGCUAGAGCAGAGGGGAGCAGAGACCAGCAGAGGAACGGCCAGCAGCAGGAGAGGAAUCCGUUCUCGGACCGGCAGAAAGCCAGCAACGGGAGGAAUUUCGUUUUCGGCCCCGCGUAGGAAGGCCAGCAGCAAUAGCCGAAAGAAGAAUCAUCAGCAGAAGGAGGAAAUCAAAAUCCGUUAUCUGGCCGGGGGAAGGCAUGCUGGCUGAUGCUGCAGUUGAGGAGCAAGAAUGAUAAAGACGGUGGAAGUCGCCAGUUCCCGACUCGUCGGUUUUAACAUUAAACGGCCCUUUUCAGGGCCACAAAAUUAUCACGAAAGAGUUAUUCUUGAAUCCAAAUUCAUUGCGUCAGCGAGAAACAUACUGCUAGAAGCCUUAAAAUUAAGUUUAAAUCUUGUUAAACCUAUUUUGCAAAUCCGAUCAUGAUUUUUGCUGCUUCACGCUGAUCGAUUGAAAUGAGCUUCCCAUCUUGGGAUGUAGCAUUCAAGUACCUAGCAGCACCAUUUUUGGCGCUUCAUAACCCUACUGAACUGCGGCUAGACAAGAUGUCCCAGCAUUUGCGGAAGGUGUACAAGGCGUCCUAUCGGAAGCGGAAGAGAGAGGAGAGAGAGGAGGAGAGGCAGUUGGCGGAUGAGCCUACCGCGGCGCCAGUGGACAACGCUGAACGCAAUAGGCGGUACAGGCGACGGAAGCGAGCUGCUGAAGGAGGUGGAGAGCACGGGGAUGAGUUCCCGGAAGGUUCUGGGGCUGGACCGUCGGUGUCCAAUCCAGGAAAGCGGAGGCGGCAGGAGCGAGUGGGAGAUGCAACGGAAGGGUCGACUGCGUCUGGCAGCACUUCUGCUGAACGUAUGAGACGGUUGCGGGAGAGGAGGAGGACUGGACAGACAACGUUCGGUCGGAGCGAGCAAGGAGGUGCUACCGCGGAUGUUACUUUCGUUGCUGGAGGUGUGCGACGGGGUGGUAGACGAGGAAUCGCGGACAUUUCGGUUCCAAAUUUGGCAUCGGAGAAUCCCGAACAGGGGAUUUAUCCGCCCAUGGAGGCAGACACAAUAAGCCUCCAUGAUCCGGUGGUGCAGAUUGAUGAAGAAGAAAUGCCAUCAAAUUCUGCACCAAGUCAGUCGGAUAGCAUUUCAGAUGGGGCAAGCCAGGAGCCAGGUCCUCGCAAUGCAAGCAGACCGAACUACGACAGGGCCACUCUUGAGUUCCGUAAGCUUUUCGUUGAGAACUCGUUUGGUGCUGUGUGCAGCGUUUGCGACAGACUUUGGUUCAAGAACGACCUGAAGCCCAUCACUGAAGCUGGGGGAAAUGUACUGGUACAAGCCGGCGACUUUGAUUCAACCGAAGGUUUCAUGGUGUGCCAAACCUGCAACAGCAGCUUGAAUCGUGGAAAGGUCCCAACCCUGUCCAAAAGCAACGGAUUUGUUUACCCGCCGAUUCCACCGGGUCUUCCCAAACUGGAUAUGAUCAGCAAGCGGCUGAUUUCUCCCCGUUUCAUCUUUCUGGUGAUUCGUCGUCUGUGUCAUGCUUUGGGCAACUAUGGUAUCAUUGGGCAGGUGAUCAACGUGCCGGUAGACGUUGAGGAGAUGGUUCGGGUUCUUCCUCGCGAUCUUGAUAAUGACUGUGCGAUUAAUGUGAGCUUCAAGAAGCACACUGCACACAAAUCGAGCCAUUACUCGGGGUGGGUUUGCAAGGGGACUGUUUAUGCUUGGCUCAAGUAUCUCGUAACUACUCCGUUGUAUAAACGUGAGGGCAUUACUUUUGACGAAGAACGAUUGAAUGCGUUCGGAGCAGAUCCACAGGAGGGUCCCUCGCGGGCGGAAGAAGCCAUGCCACUGGAUAUCAUCGAUGAUGAAGCCGAGCUGUUGGCUAGCAUGCAACAAACUGCGAUGUGGAACGAAGACAUGUACCUGGAGCUUUGUCCUACCAUGAACCGAAUGCCCUCGAGUAUUUUGUACGAUGAGAAUGCUGAGGAGUUGAGCAAUCCCGACAUAUACUUUGGGGUCCCGACAACGAUCAAGCAAGGCGUACAAGCUACUGUGUUCAACAAGGCGAGCAGUGAAGCUAGGCGAGCUGACAGGCGGGGUGCUCGUCCAGAUCACAUUCUGGCCAUGGCCAUGAAGGUGUUAUACUGCCGUAUGAUUGAAGGGCUCAAAUGUCACUUCAAAUCUGUGGGAACAGAUAACGUCACACGUGCCCAGCUCAGCGAUCCAGAGUUCCAGAGGAAUAUGAUGGAGAUUGGCUUGGCUUUCUUCAAAGGGAUACCGAACUCUGUGCAGUACUGGCAAGGACGCAAACAGGACCUCUUCGCCAUGAUUCGACAGUUGGGUAAACCAACAAUGUUUCUCACCUUGAGCGCCAGUGAAACUCAAUGGGAAGAACUGUUGAAGGUGCUGCACAAAUUGUCCAGUGACUACGAUGACCUUGAAUUGGCCGACCCGCUGUCGGAGUUAAGCGCGUUUCAAAAGGCAAAGUUGGUCGUUGAAGAUCCUGUGACGUGUGUUGCAUACAUCGACAAGCUUGUUGACGUCAUAAUGCGCAUCUUGAAGUCCAAACGGUUCAGUCCAUUUGGUAAAUACUACGUUGUGGAUUACUUCAAGCGGAUCGAGUUUCAACAACGUGGUAGCGCGCAUGCCCACAUCAUGCUCUGGUGUGCAAACGAUCCUCGUGAGGACGUUUCCGAGGACAUGCCCGCCACCAUUGAAAUGAUCAACACUCUCUGCUCCAUCGAUGCCUUCCGUUGGUUGGGACCACUGCUUGGUAAGAAGCAAGAGCACGCUCACACACGUACAUGUUACAAACACAACGAUAAACGUUGUCGUUUCAACAUUCCGUACUGGCCGAUGAACGAGGAUCGGGUAUUGGUGCCCCUUCCGGCUGAUGACAGUCGUCGUUCUGCACUGAAGAAACGUGCUCUCGAGUUUCGUGAGAUUCUGGAAACGAAGACUUUCGAAACUCUCGAAGACUUUCUGGCCGAUUGUGAGUGUACCGAGGAAUACUACCUCGAAGUGAUUCGUGCAUGGCUACAGCGACCAGCGUUCUUCUUCAAGCGUCCGAUGAAUCAGCUCUACAUGAAUCCAUUCAACGUUUGGAUUGGCGGUGUACUUCGCUCCAACAGUGAUCUGCAGUUCAUCAUGGACGAGUACUCGUGCGCCUCUUAUUUGGUUGAUUACGUCAACAAGACAAAUCGAGGCAUCAGCGCGUUUCACCGAGAGCUUCUCGAGCUGCAGGAGCAGUAUCCCGACUACGACUAUCAAGGCUUGCUGAAGAAGUUGGGCGUGAGAGUACUCAACAGUGUUGAGAUGUGCUCACAGGAAGCAGCGUGGAUCUUGCUCCGGUUACCAAUGUCCGAAGCAAGCCGGAAAAUCGAAUUUGUGCCGACAAUGUGGCCAAAUGAGAGAACCCGAUGCCGGAAGCGACACCAGCAGAUGGACAACGAGGGACUCGACGACGACUCAACGGACGUGUGGACCAGAAACAUCGUCCAGAAGUAUGAGGACCGCGAUGGAUUGGAGGAUGUGUGCCUGGCUGAUUUCGUCGCAUGGUAUGCACCGAUGAAAAGCACCAAAAACAGCUACAAGCUGCGAGGCACUGCCAAAAUCCUGCGAUGGCGAGGAUACCCGAUGAGCGAAAUGGUCGAGUACAAGCGAGAGGCAGUGCUCCUGUUUUUGCCGUUCCGGAAUGAACGAGUCGACCUGCUGGACCAGAACAAAUUCCUCCAAUUGUACGAUUCGCAUGAGACAGAGCUCAUCGCGAAACGUAAGGAAUACGAUUGUGAGUUGAAUUUGGAGCAGACCGUUGAGGAAUACCUCCGAAUAAUCGCACAGGAAGGCGAUGGCGAGCAAGAGAGAGCCGCCACGGAGAAGCACAACGAGUACGUGAGGAGCAUCGACAUGCAGCCAAACAACGAUGACAUCGAAAACCUGCCGACUUCUGCACUGCGAGCGAUUGUGAAACAACGUUCGAAUGUCAUGCCAAAAGCUGACUACUGUGCCUGGAUGCGGCAGGCUAACGAGAAGCAGCGCAUGUUGAUCCUCCACAUCAUCCAUCGACUGACGAGCUUUGAUCCUGAAAUUCCAGCGAUGCAGAUCUUCCUGACUGGACCAGCGGGUAGUGGUAAAACGUUCACACUGCGUCUGAUGAUGGAAACCUAUAACCGGUACAGCCAAGGUCACAACUCUCGCAACAACGCGUAUAUUGCAUGUGCGUCGACAGGCAAAGCCGCCGUUAACAUUGACGGUGUUACGGUCCAUCGUGCCUACCGCAUUGCAAUAUCGCGCCAGAGUGACUCAAAGCUUAGCCCUGAAUGGCUGCAGACGUACCGAAAUGAAUUCCGGAACGUGAAGCUCCACAUUGUAGAUGAAGUUAGUAUGCUUAGCGCAGGUAACUUCAGAACAAUGCACAUACGUUUGCAGGAUAUUCAUUUGGAUUACCUUCACCCAUUCGCUGACCAGGACGUUACGUUUACCGGAGAUUUACAUCAGCUGAAUCCAGUCAAUGCUUUACCAAUCUAUAAGGCUCCGAGAAAUUCGAUUGGUGGAUCUUGGCUGUGGGAUUACAUCCGACUGUACGAGUUGGAUCAGGUCAUGCGUCAGACCGAUGUGGUGUUCUCCACCAUCCUCACCGCGAUUGGCGAAGGCAAGAAACUGACGGAUGAACAGAAGACGCUGAUCGAGAGUCGGUUCAAGUCAGUGGAGGACUGCCAACGGGAAGCUCCCAACGCCGUUUGGCUGUUCCAUCAAAACGUUGAUGUCGAUCUGUUCAACAGAGAAGCGUUGAGUGGGCUCGAGGGUCUGGACUGUCUUGCCGACGAUAUGAUCACAGGUCACAGCACAUCCGCUCAGGCAACCAGUGCACGAACGAAAUUACAUAAAAUGAGCACAGCCCAAACGAGUGGGCUGCCAUAUAUGGUUCGUUUUUGCAUUGGAAAGCCCUACAUGAUCACUACCAACAUCGAUGGCGAUGAUAAUCUUGUAAACGGAGCAAUCGGCGAGCUGAAGUAUGUGGAGAUGCGGGAAAACGACGCCGGCGAAGAAGUGAUCUACAGACUCUGGUUGCAAUUCGAUACGGAGAAAAUCGGAACCAUUGCAAGAUCUAAGGCGCAGGCAGUCGUUAACGCCCGACCCCAUCUCCUGCAGCAGGAUUGGACCCCCAUCACGAAGCAGCACGUGAACAUCGCUCUUGGAGGUACGAUCAAAUGCAAGCGGAUUCAAUUUCCGAUUGCGAGUGCCUGUUCCAUGACAAUCCACAAGUCACAAGGUGGAACUUUCUCCAAGGUCGUUUACCAGUACAGUCGCUCGCAGGAGCAAAGGCUGGUGUACGUUGCUUUGUCACGGGUUACUUCGCUGGAAGGACUCUACUUGACCUACGCGGACAAUCCCUCUCUAGAUCCGUCUAAGGAAAAGCCUGUGUUCCACCACGCCAAGGCAAACAACUCUCCAGCGAUGCGUGAGUUGCGGGACGAAUACAAGCGCUUGAGGAAUAACCGUUAUCGAACGAUCGGAGACGAUUUUUCUGAGGUGUUGGCGAGUAGUGGACCAGCAUGCACCCUGAUGACAAUCAACGUCCAAAGCUUGAGCGCUCAUCACCAGGAUAUAUCGAUCGAUUCCAUACUGACCAGUGUAGACUACUUGGCCCUAAGCGAGACGUGGUUGGAUGAUAACUCCUCGGUCGAGAUUGAAGGCUACACUUGUGUUGUCCAGUCCAAAAGGGAUGACGCAAGAUCUGGCGGUGUGGCAAUUUAUCGAAAGACGACGACCAAAACCAGCAUGGCAGUCCCGUAUACUCCCGAAUUGGUGAGUCAAGAUCGAGACGAACUUUUCGGUGUGGCAGAUAAAUACGGUGACGUUUGCGCUGCUACAGUGGAUGUGAUGGGCACUGAGGUACUGCUGUUCUCGGUGUACAUCAUCCCAGGAACCACACUGAAGCAGAAAGGUUGGUUUUUGGCACGGAAGUUGCUCCAGACUGCCCGCACUGGUUUGCCAAUGGUAGUAACCGGUGAUUUUAAUGUCGACGUUUCCAAACGAGAAAAUGUCGAAUUCAUUAAGUUUAUGGGCGAGCACUUCCAACUAUCCUUAGCUAACGACGUGAGACAGACGACCACAAAUCGUGGAACGGUCCUUGAUCUCACAUUUACCAGAGGCAUACAUGUGGCGAGCAAUUCGCGGUAUGUAUGCUAUUUUUCCUACCACAGACCCAUGCUGUCUGUACUACGAACUGAAGAACCCGAGCCAUCUCAGUUGCAUUGAUCCAUAAACGUUCAAAGCCGGACACGACGAUAUUAUCAUCGGAUUUUACAAGAAGAAAUUGAAAUGUAAAUUACCAGUUACACCUACACGAACACCAACUCACAAAUGAACUGUAAACUCAUUAAUUUAAGUAUACCAGAAAACUUUUGUAAACACUAACUAAACACACUGACCCCUCCCCCACCCCCCAAACAUUAACAUCACUACAUCAGGAACCAAAUGAAAUGUAAAUAUUACUUUAAGAAACAGAACAAUAUUGUACUACACACUAAAACCUACCCAACAACCGCCCCUCCCCUCUUCCACCCACUCCUUCUCCUUCCCGCUUUAUUCAUAUAUUGAACGUAUUUAAUGAUUCAUUCAACCGUCAUCAAUUGUUUAUUAACAGGAAACCAUCCCCCGCCCUCUUGGAACACCGCUGAUGGACCCAGCCAGGAUCAAGCCUAAUCUCAUUUCUUCAUUCCAGGGCAAAAAUUAAACGGUCCUUUUCAGGACCACCAAAACAUUCACGAAAGAGUUGUUCUGCAAUCAUCCAAUUAAGCAAAAUAAAAUAAUCUGGUUUUGAAUUUCAAUAUCUAUCCGAAAACAUACUGUACUACACACUAAAACCUACCAAACAACCGCCUCCUUACCUUUUUCCCCUCCCCUUUCCAACCAAUCCUUCUCCUUCCCGCUUUAUUCAUAUAUUGAACGUAUUUAAUGAUUCAUUCAACCGUCAUCAAUUGUUUAUUAACAGGAAACCAUCCCCCGCCCUCUUGGAACACCGCUGAUAGACCCAGCCAGGAUCAAGCCUAAUCUCAUUUCUUCAUUCCAGGACAAAAAUUGAACGGUUCUUUUCAGGACCACCAAUACAAUCACGAAAGAGUUGUUCUGCAAUCAUUCAAUCAAGCAAAAUAAAAUAAUCUGGUUUUACAUUUAACUAUCUAUCCGAAAACAUCAGCAAUCCUAAUCAAAAUUUAAGGCCCUGUACUGUCCUAUGUCUUUCGGUUAUGUCUCUGACAU